AUGUAUUUCUACGCAAUUGCGUAUUAUUCCUUUUUGCAUUUUUCAUUAAAAUUUAUACUUUUUUCUUUCUUCAUUUCUUAUCUAUCUAUCUAUCUAUCUAUCUAUCUAUCUAUCUAUCUAUCUAUCUAUCUAUCUAUCUAUCUAUCUCGUUCUGUUAACAUCUAUCUAUCUAUCUAUCUAUCUAUCUAUCUAUCUCGUUCUGUUAACAUCUAUCUAUCUAUCUAUCUAUCUAUCUAUCUAUCUAUCUAUCUUUUUUCUAUCUUAUUCUCUCAUUAUGUUCACAUCUAUCUAUCUAUCCAUCUAUCUAUCUAUCUAUCUAUCUAUCUAUCUAUCUAUCUAUCUGUCUGUCUGUCUCUGUCUGUCUGUCAUGUUCUAUCUAUCACUGUUUAUAUCUAUCUAUAUAUCUAUCAAAUCUGUUCCUAUCUAUCUAUCUAUCUAUCUAUCUAUCUAUCUAUCUAUCUAUCUAUCUAUCUAUCUAUCUAUCUAUCUAUCUGGUGUAUCUAUCUAUCUAUCUAUCUAUCUAUCUAUCACUCGCCCGUUAAUAUCUAUAUGUAUCUAUGUUUGUAUGUUUAUCUAUCUAUCUAUCUAUCUAUCUAUCUAUCUAUCUAUAAUCAUGCACCUUAUAUACAUAUGUUAUUUCGCUCUUUGUUUAUAACCGUUCAUCAAUCUUUCUCUUUCUCUCUCACUCUCUCUCUGUCUUGCUCCAUAUCUCUCUCUCUCACGCUCACUCUUCAUCACUCUCUCUCUCCCUGUCUCUCUCUCUCUCUCUCUCCCCUCUCUCUCCCUCUCUCUCUCUCUCUUAGUCUAUACUAUCUGCGCGUCUGUUGGUCGCCUUAUCAAUAUUUAAAGUGGUAUCAGUCAAAAACCUCCGCUUUGGUUAGUCUGAAGAAAGUUUCUUUUCUCUCUCUCUCUCUCUCUCUCUCUCUCUCUCUCUCGCUUUCCUGA